AUGCCCAGCGAGAGCUGUGGUUUUCGCGAAAGUGAUUCAAAAGAUAACUUGAAAUACUCAAGAUCAGAUUUGAAUGGGCAAUCAGAAAUAAAUGAAAAUCAACUGUUCCGAAAAAAUUCAAUCGAAAAUUUACUCGAUAUGCCAAUCCUUAGAAAGGAGCUGACCGAAAUAUUGUCAUUCUCUGCUCUUGUCCCUUCACUUAAACCGUCAUGUGUAUAUAGACAACUGGAUGACCAAGUUUCACCAGAAUCCAACGUUCCAAUGUUAGUCAAGCGCUACUUUGAUGAAUUUGGAUUUCGAAUAGAUGAUCUUGGUAAUAUUUUGUGUAAAUCAUCCCCGUACACUUUAAUUAACCCGUUUUAUAUAGCCCAUCAAUAAGGAUAAUAUCGGUAAUGUUGAGUACAUAUAAAUCUAAAACAAACACCAAAAGGGGUCCUCAUCGAUAAAGCCGAGCGAAUGAAAAGCACCUUGCACUUCGUUUUAUAGGGAUUCAGGUAUUAAAUACAACUGCAAAUGACAGAAAAUGUGAAGACAUUAAACCAAAUUAGGAUUAAAUAAUUGUAGCCAGUUGCUGUGUAUAAAAUAAACUAGUUUACGUAUGUUUUGAAAUAAAUUGUUUGAUUAGAUUUCGAAACCGUACAAUUAUAUAUAAAUUCAUUUGACUGUGUUCCGGAUUAUAUUUAUGUACCAUCGCAGUUAAACUAGAAUACCUGAAAAGUGACAAGAGUGCGGGUCUUUUGAUACUGGAUGGCUGUACCUCUAAAAGGUAAUAAUAAUGACAAGAUUUGGGAUACAGUAAUGGAAAGAAUAGGUCACUCUGUUAUACGAAAUAUAACGACUGCCAAACGGCUAACGGAACGAUUAUGUUACAGAUAAAGCUAAGAUAGAUGCGAAAAAGUAAAUGGAAGAAUAAAAAUUUGAGCAGUUUUAUAAACCGAAACGACACGUCAUGUCUUAGCUACAUUGUCAGUCUAACUUCCAGCCGUGAUUCUAAGAAAACAGAUUAUUCGGCCCAACCGACACGACCAUCAAACGCCCUUACGCAAUCCAUGUAUGCUAAAUUCACCAAGCGUGGUGUCUAAAUACAAGACGGAGAAGUUGAUUUCUCUCUACAUGAUAGUGCACUGAAUGGAAAGCGAAUUUCAGUUCUUUAUUGGAACUCAAAAUCUGAAAUUUAGCAGUUUUUUUAUUGGUAUUCUAAUAGAGCAUAUAAGGAUUUUCCCUUUCAUUUACUCAAAUCUAUAACGUUCAUACUAUGAAAUUAUGUGUAAUUAUUCCUUUGGUUUACAUUUCAAUAAACGAUAAGGGUUAGAAUUCCUAUAUCCACACCCUAAGCGAAUAGGUCUUAACUUUGAAUCCAUCAACUAUCAUGACUAAAUAGAAACGUGCAGCUUUAUUGGCAUUUCAACCACUAUAUCCUAAUGCAGCACAAUAAGCUUUCUUGCUCCAUCCGAGCUAGUAUGUAGAGUGAAGACUACAGCUAUCAGCAAACCCUCAGCAACGUUAUACGGUAUGAAAAUUGUACGUCGCAGACCAGUUAGUUGGCAGGAUUAGCUUUAAUCGGGUCGAUACUGUAAUUGCCUUUGCCAGUGUAAC